CGUGCGACGCGGGCGUUUGGCGGCGUGUUUUUUUUUGUUUUUCUUGCGCUUGCUUUCCACCCCGCUGUGGGUCACGCCGACACGAGUCACCGCGACCCGCCGUUCUCCUCUGGACCGUUGGCUCCGCAGUGGCCACACCAGGGGAAAACAAACAAUCUGCCUUCCUGGUGUGGCGCGGGGGUCAAAGUGCAUCUCUGUCCUGCCGGGGGAAUGAAGAGGAGAGGAGUCGGGGAGAGAGGUGGACUCGAAGGGAAAGAAACCAUGGUGCGUCUGAACCUCAGGCGGUCCACUCGCUCCAUCUACCUGGGCCUGGCGUGUGUGUCCCUGACUCUCCACCUUCUCCUGGCCCUGUUUUGCCUCUCCGUCCUCCAGUCCGCCUGCGUCCUUCCCACUUCCUCCUCGUCCGCCGUUCCGAGGAUAGACCCAGUCUCACACGCCUCCUCCUCCUCUUCUUCUGCUGCCUCGAAUAAACAAGCCGACAGCCGCCGACGCGGGGGUUGUCACGAGCCCGGCGUCGGCGCCACGUUGGACCAUGGAGGGAACGACUCGUUCGGCGAGGACCCGGAGAAGGCAAAGAAACUAAUGGGAAAAGCGAGGCAGACGGAGAGCGGCCGCUCCAAGCUGCAGGAGCUGUUCCGGCAUCCUUUAUACAACCUGCCACGCCCGAAACUGCAGGAAGACGAUUGGCUGCUGAGGCUGAAAACGGACGCAGAGGCAGAGGACGUCGAAAAGGAAGAAAAGGCGAAUCGGGACUCCGACACUAGCGACAGCGACUGGCAAAGCGCCAGUGAAGAGGAAGGCUAUGAUAAAGUCACCUGGACCAGAGACGAGGAGACCCACCCUCCCUGGCUGAGGUUCCACCUGGGCAUCUCUCGCUGGGAGCUGUACGACAGGAAAGACCUCAACCUGGCCCAGCUGACUCAUUAUCUGGCAACGCAGCGCAUCCUGGGGGCCGUUCAAAAGAAAGGAGGCACCCAGCUGAAGCUGCUUGUGUCUUUCCCAAACUACGGCCAGGCUCUGCUCAAACCCAUGAGACAAUCCAGGGAUGCUGAGACGGAUGUGAACCUGUUUUAUUUCUCCGACUUUGAGCGACACAACGCAGAGAUCGCCGCCUUCCAUCUCGACAGAGUGCUGGGCUUUAACAGAAUCCCCCCGGUGGUCGGUCGACUCAUCAACGUCACCACAGAGAUCAGAGACGUUACCACUGACGAGAGGCUCUCCAGGACCUUCUUCACCUCCCCAGCCGGGAACGUGUGUUUCUACGGUCGGUGCGAGUACUACUGCUCGACGGAGCACCCGGUGUGCGGUCAGCCUCACGCGUUGGAGGUGUCCCUCGCUACCAUGCUGCCCGACCUCAGCCUGGCUCCCCGCAGGUCUUGGAGGUCACCGUGGAGACGGUCCUACAGCCGCACAAAGCUGGCAAAGUGGGAAAAGGACGCCGCUUACUGUGACACGGUGAAGAAGACGCCUCCUUACAACCGCGGCAGCAGACUGGUGGAUCUCAUCGACAUGGCUGUGCUGGACUUCCUCAUGAGCAACAUGGACCGGCAUCACUACGAGACGUUUGAGGAGUUUGGCAACGAGACUUUCCUCCUUCACCUGGACCACGGCCGGGCAUUUGGGCGACAUUCUCAGGACGAGCCGUCUGUUUUAGCUCCUUUGGUGCAAUGUUGCAGAAUCCGUCGCUCCACCCUCCUCCGCCUGAGGCUCUUGUCCCGUCCUGACUUUCGGCUGAGUGACGUCAUGCGGGAGUCGUUGGCCCAGGAUCCUCUCUCAGCCGUGGCCCCCCUCCUCUCCGAGCCACACCUGGCUGCUUUGGAUCGACGCCUCGCAACCGUUUUGGCGGCCGUUCAGACUUGCCAGGACGGGAACGAGGAUGUCGUUUACGACGAUUUGGACAAACGCGACGGUCAGCAGCUCGGGGAAAAUCCAUGACAAUAAAUUAUAUAUUUUCCAUAUUAGGCAUGUGUAUCCCAUAUUUUCGCCCCUGUUUUGUAAUUUAGCAGAUAGCGUUUCAAAUGC